GCUCGGCUCUGGACAUCCUGGCCCAUCAGCACCAUGAAAUCAGGCCUCCUCCUCCUGGGGCUCCUCGCCCUCUGGGCUGACCUGCUGCCUGCCUCUGGGCAGCUCCAUCAAGUGAAAACAGGCAAGUGCCCCGCUCCCAUCAAUGCAGGGGCUGCGAACUGCAAUAACUUCUGCUCCACGGACGCUGACUGCCCCGGAUCUGAGCGCUGCUGCAGUAACGGCUGCGGGAGGGAGUGCAGACUCCCCAUAGGAGUAAACCCAGGGUACUGCCCGAAGAUCGACCCCGACAUAAUGACAAUCUGCAUUGUGGAAUGCAACAAUGACAGGGAAUGUGGAGCUGGCAGCAAAUGCUGCAGCCUGGGAUGCCGUGUGCAGUGUGCAGGGGCAGUGCCAGCCAAAGCCGGCACCUGCCCCAAGAGGAGAGUGCUGCAGACAUUCGCUCCAUGUGAGAAUAAGUGCAGAGAUGACAGGGACUGUCCUAACAGGAAGAAAUGCUGCUUUACUGGCUGUGGCCUUGGCUGUCUGGCCCCUGUAACAGAUCUUUGCCUCUCUCCAGGUGACAUUUGCCGACUCCCGCCAGAGAGGGGCCCUUGUAAGGCACUGGUCCUUCGCUUCUUCUACAACCCAGCCUCCAGGACGUGCGAAAGCUUCAUCUACGGCGGCUGCCAGGGCAACGGGAACAACUUUAGAACCCUCCUGGAGUGCCAGCAGGCCUGCAGGAAACGCGGGCCGACCAGAGAGAGACUGGGAAGAACCGAAAGCCUGACAGCAGGGCCUGUGGGGGAUGGGACAGGAUCCUCCAAUCCGGUCCCCACCUGACACCCACCCCCAGUCGCCCAUGGGCCUGAUCUCGCCCCGCACAUGGCUUGUGUAUUAAAGAGCUCAGCUCA